GCCCUGCAGCGCUGCCCGCUGUUGUUAUGACCGGGAGGGGCCGGCCCGGACCUCUCCAGCUCCCUCCUCCUCCUUCGGGGCCGGUCCCGGUGCAAGGAGCGGUGCCGGAUGGACGAGCAGCUGCUCCGCGCCCUGGGGGGGCUCAGCCUGCAGCCCCCGCCCCGCCGCUCCCCGAGACGCUUCGGCAAAACGCUGGUGCUGCUGCGGGGCCUGCCGGGCUCCGGGAAGAGCACGUUGGCCAGACAGCUGAGAUGCGACUAUCCCAGUGCUGUAGUUCUUAGUACUGAUGACUUCUUCUCUAGAAAUGGUGUAUAUGAAUUUGACCCCGACUUCCUCGAGGAUGCACACAAAUGGAACCAAAAGAGAGCACGCAAAGCCAUGAAGAAUGGGAAAAGCCCGGUUAUUAUUGAUAAUACCAACAUCCAUGCUUGGGAAAUGAAGCCAUAUGUGAUGAUGGCACGUGAGAAUAGCUAUGAGGUGAUAUUCCGGGAACCAGAUACACCAUGGAAGUUCAAUGUUCGAGAACUGACGCGAAAAAACAUCCACGAUGUCCCUCGACAAAAGAUACAACAGAUGAAAGAAGAAUAUGAGCACUACAUCACCUUCCACAGCGUUCUUCACUCUGAAAAACCAAGCAGGGAAGACCGGAGCCCCCCUGGACCAAACGCAGCCUAUGGCCUGGCCGCCUGUGCCCACCCCCCUGCAGCUUUCUCAAGCAGGAGGCCUUGCAUGGCACAUAGAAACAACCCGGUGUUUUACUGAAGGGGUGCACUGUUCUGUGUGUGCUUCUAUGAUCAGGGAUUAUCAGGGUAUAAGUCUUUAGUUUUACAUUAUUUUUAUUCCUAAACUAUUUUAUACUUCUAUUUUUCUACUACUUUUCUAAAUGAGGCUUUUAAUUCUGAAGCCAUUAGACGGCAACUCCAAUCGGAGUGAUCUCAGACCACUGUCCCUUAUAUACGACUACUUGUCUCUUCCUUUGCUGAAAUCCAUUCGUGCUCGUGGCAAAAUGCUUAUUGCUGGCUGAGGCUCACAUCUGUUUUUCCUUCAUCACUCUUUCACUUACAGAUAACACCAAACAUUCCUGGAUUCCUACAGACCACAUGGCCAAUUCCUUCUCUGUGCAGUGGUCAGCUCCUGCUAUUUUACUACUCUAUGAUUUUAUGCAUCUUCCCACUCCUUGUCUGGAGCAUUGCUUCUAGCUUUAAGAGAGGUACAAGUUCUAAGAUACUGUAGCAAGAUUUGAUCUUUUGCAUCUGCACUUGUGGUGCCUGGAGCUCUGCUGUUCUUACCUUAGCUCUAAUGCACCCAAACAGCAUCUCCAGCACCAAGGAGAAAAGCUUCAACACACCAAACUGUGCCUUUAAUCCUGCCAAGAGCUGGACUGCCAGAAGCAGCAAUCCUGAAGGAACACGAGCAUUAGGUGAGCGCUCCCUAACUUUGAGAAGGAACAGCAUUACAGAAGCAGCUCUAAAUAACUGUUGCGCGAAGCUAUCAAGUACCUGACACUAAAUAACAACUUAAGAAAGGGCUGGGAGGGAGAGUAGAGGGGAGAAGUGUUUCUAAGGGAGAAAUUACCUCCUUCCACUAUGAAGAGCUGAAUGAGGAGAAGCAGCCACCCUGCAGGAGUUUGAGCUGCAUUUUUAAACCCUGCUGAUAUGUGUUUAUCAAGAAACCUCAUGAAAAUGAGAUGCUAAAACUCAGCUUUAGCAAUGGUAGUUUUUCAAAGCAGGCACAGGACAUCAGGCACUAGUAAUAGAACACGAUGGGAGCAAGCAGGCUACUCUGCAGUAGGGAAUGAAGGCAGCUCACCCUGGACAUUAAGAAACAGGGGUAGCUAUGAUUCAUCUGGCAGUUCAUGGUCAGAGAAGCAUAAGGUGUAAAGGAACACGAUGCCUGUGUAAGAGCAAGGCUGCCUGUAGGACUCUAUCUAUUAUUAAUACCUUUGUAUGUCAUUCUGUUAUGGAUCAAACUUUUAUCACUACAGCUGCUUUCUAAGACCUUUUUAAGAACUAUAAAGAAAGUUUUAAGGAAAAAGGCACAGAACUAUGCCAGAAUUACAGAGGAAUAUUUGAGAAUAAAACUGCUGUAAUUGGUUACAACAAACCUGGAGAACUGUUA